AUGGGUAUCAACAAUCCCCUUCCUUCGUCUAUGGCGUCGGAAUGCAAAAAGUGCGGCAAGAUCCUAACCUCCUUCAUUGACCCGCGACAAGCCUUCAGCCCCGACAAAGUCAUUCCACCGUCCGUACUCGCUGGCGCCAAGGGCCUCGCAAUUCUCACAGUAUUCAAAGCGGGCUUUCUCGGAUCGGCCCGCUUUGGCAGUGGGUUGGUGGUGGCGCGGCUACCGGACGGGUCAUGGAGCGCGCCGACGGCCAUCAUGACGGGUGGCGCGGGCUUCGGCGGGCAAAUUGGGUUCGAACUGACCGACUUCGUCUUCAUCCUCAAUGACGCGAGCGCCGUCAAGACCUUCUCACAGUCGGGCUCGCUCACACUCGGCGGCAACGUGUCCCUCGCCGCGGGGCCGGUCGGCCGCAACGCCGAAGCCGCGGGCGCCGCCUCCCUGCGCAGCGUCGCCGGCAUCUUCAGCUACUCCAAAACCAAGGGCCUGUUCGCGGGCGUGUCUCUCGAGGGCUCCGCUAUCAUCGAGCGCAAGGAGGCCAACGCGAAGCUCUACGGGCGCCCGAUCUCGGCGAAGGAGCUGCUGUCCGGCAGCGAGCGCCCACCCCAUGCGGCGGCGCCGUUGCUGAGCAUCCUCAACUCGCGCGCCUUCCGCGGCAUGGGCCCCGCGGCGGCGGACGAGAGCAUGUACAACGACAUCCCCGUAUACGACGACAACCGGGAUAACGUGGUGUGGGGGAACAACACCGGGCCCGGAUACCGGGAGGGCGAGCAGCGGGAUGGUGGGUACGGCGGCGCGGCGAAUGGACAGGGUCACGACGAGUUCGGGCGGCCGAAGCGGUCAACGACGUGGCAGGACGACGUCUACGACCCGCAGCCGCGGGCGUUCGGCCAGGGGUCGAGAUCCAAUACCUUCCACGAUAGCUACAGUGCCGGAGCGGGGGCGGGGGUCAACGAUGCGGCGGAGAAGAAGGUGGGUCCCGGCCGGCCGGCCGCACCGAAGCCGAAUUACGCCAGCAAGGAGGCCUUGUUGAAGAAGAACGAGGCGGUCGCGCUGUUUACGUUUGAGGCGGAUCAGCCGGGCGAUCUGGCGUUUAAGAAGGGGGAUGUCAUUACCGUACUGAAAAAGACCGAGAGUGACAACGACUGGUGGACGGGCAUGAUCGGGACGAGGCACGGGAUAUUCCCCAGCAACUACGUGAAGAUGAAGGAGUGA